AUGACUCAGCAGGGAGCUGUUCUUCAGGGUUACAAUAAUGAGCUAGUGAAAUGCAUUGAAGACUUGUGUAUGCAAAAAGAAGAGCUGAACAAACAAAUCCAGCAAGCAGAAGAGGAAAAAAAUAAACUCCAGCAUGAAAUCCAAGUCCUGAGUGAACAACUGGAGUGUGUAUGUGAAAACCUGGCCCAAAAGGUAGCAUCACGGAAUGAGCUUGAUAAAAUUCUUGCUGAAACUGAAGCUGCUUACAUGAAGAUUUUGGAUAGUUCUAGAACUUUGCUUAAUGUUCUGAAGAAGGAAGUGGGAAGCUUAAAGCAUAUGCCAGAACUGAAAACCAAUGUAACGUGA